GGGCCGAUUUUGUUGGCCGUUUAUCAUAACUUCAAGAUUCGUGGCAAAACCUGCGUAGGAACCCAACCUCAAAUCCCCGAUCUUCAAGCAAGCUGCUCACUUCUUUCCUUUUCAUCCAUGGAGACGGAGAACAACCCGAAGGCGAACAAGAAGAACAAGCAGCGCUAUCUCCCCCACAACAAAGCAGUGAAGAAGGGUUCUUAUCCGUUACGCCCAGGAGUUCAAGGUUUUUUUAUCACGUGCGAUGGAGGGAGGGAACGACAAACCUCUCAUGAAGCUGUUAAUGUUAUUGAUUCUUUUUACGAAGAGCUGCUGCAUGGGACACAAUCAAUUGUGGAAGAAACUGAUUCAUCAAAACAAUUAUUGAACAAGAAAAUUGUGUUUAAGUAUUCUGAUUCUUCUAGUAGCAGUGAGGAAGAUGAAGGAAAUGAAGAUGAUGAAAAGGAUGAAUGUUACACACAGGGGAGUGAAGAUAAAAACGAAAAAAAUAAUGGAUUUGAAAAAAAGGAGCAAACAGAAUGUAUUGAGGAUGAAAGAGAUGAAAUUGAGGGGCCACCUGCAAAGAAACAGUGUGUCGAGUCUGCAAAAACAGAAUCAUUAACAACUGCUACUUCUAAUAAGCCAAAGGAGCAAUCUAUUGACAGAUUAAUUGAAGCUGAGCUUGCUCAGUUGGGAGAUAAGAGCAAGAGACGUUUUAUUUACCUAGAUUCGGGUUGCAAUGGUGUUAUCUUUAUCCAAAUGCGCUUUGGAGAUGGUGAGCCUACCCCAAAGGAUAUUGUCUACCAUAUGGUAUCCUCUCUUGCCGCUACCAAGAAGCAUGUUUCAAGGUUCAUGUUAAGACUGCUACCAAUUGAAGCAACAUGCUACACAUCUGAUGAGGAAUUAAAGAGAGCAAUUAAACCUCUCAUUGAGAAAUACUUCCCCUCUGAAACUCAAAAUCCGCUUAAGUUUGCAGUGCUUUACGAUGCCCGUGCGAAUUCCGGAAUAAGCAGAUCGAAAAUUAUUGACACAGUUGCGAAAUCUGUCCCUCUACCUCACAAAGUUGAUCUUAGCAAUCCAGAUUUGCAUAUAGUCGUUCAAAUUGUGAAGACAGUUUGCUUGCUUGGGGUUGUUGAAAAAUACAAAGAAUUGGCCAAGUACAAUAUCAGACAGCUGACAUCUUCUAAGUGAAGAUAUUGAAUUUGCCAAAAGUACAUCUACAUAGAUUGUGAGCAGCAUAAGAAAAUUAAGCGGAGGGAAGAGCUUGAUCUCCGGCGGUUGAAGGUUGUGCAGAGACGGAAGACAGAUGCUUGGUGUUCAGCGGCCAUAGGUCAUAGACGAAGCGCAGGGCCAGAGGUUGGAACAGAUCUGGAUUCAAGGUCAUAUGUGGUAUUGUGGUAGGUGGCGACAAAAGAGGCUUGGUAGAGAGCAUGAUGAACAAGAGGCAAGGUGACGAAGAAGCUACGGUAAUGCUCGAUCGUCCCCCUCCUGAAUCGCUGCCAUAGAAAGCAGAAGAGUCUAGGGUUUGGAAGCAGCUUUUUAAUUUUACCGUUUGCUUGCGAUUUAUUUUUCAUAAUCAAACUGUUUAUUUUUCCGUUGGUUACUUUGAUUGUAAUAAGACUUUUGCAUUAGGAUUGAGUGACGAGAGAUCUACUUUAACUGUCUUUGGCUUAGUUGCGCCCAGUAAUGGAUCAACGAAUUAUAUUGCUUUUUUGGAGGUGAUUAAAUCUGAGUUUGGUUCGA